AUGGAUACAAUCCAACCGUCCGGCAAAGUAGUUAGCGGUACGCCGCAGCCUUUCGCGAUUCCAGCCUAUGUCUUGGACGACUUAUGCAGCCGUUUCAUCAUUAACAUACCACAAGAAGAACGUUUGAAUCCUAUCCGCAUCUUUUUCCAAAUAGAGCUUGCCCAUUGGUUCUACCUUGAUUUUUAUUGUAUUGAAAAUCCUGAAUUACACACUUGUGGCAUAAAAGACUUUUCCUCCCAAAUCUUUCGCCACUGUCCGUUCUUGAACCAAUAUGCCGAAGAAGUGGACAAACGUCUUGAAGACUGGAAGCAGUAUAAAAUGAGUGUACCAACUUAUGGUGCUAUUAUUUUGGACCCGGAGAUCAAAUUUUGUUUGCUGGUUCAAGGCUAUUGGGCCAAGUCAAGUUGGGGCUUUCCAAAAGGCAAGAUCAAUGAGGAGGAAACUGAACAAGAAUGUGCUGUACGAGAGGUAUUUGAAGAAACUGGUUUUAAUAUUAGUGAGCUAAUUAAUGCCACUGACUAUAUUGAGAAUCAAAUGUAUGAUCAAUUGACUCGGCUGUACAUCAUUGCUGGUGUCUCACUGGACACAAAAUUUCAAACAAAAACAAGAAAAGAAAUUAAGUGUAUGCAGUGGUUUCCUGUAGAUGCUCUGCCUGCUCACAAGAAGGACCAGACAUGUCGAACUCAACUUAAUAUGAAUUCCAAUAACUUUUUCACUGUGAUUCCUUUCAUAAAGCCCUUGAGAAAGUGGAUUGCUAAUAAGAAACAACAAAAUCAUGAUCUGAAGUCCCAGCUGGUUGGUAAAAUUGAUAUGAGUGGAGUGAUUGCUCCUGGUCCAGUAAAUGGGAACUUGACUCCUGUAAAUGGUCGACAACUUACAGAUAAACAAAGACUAAAGCAGCAGCAGAGCUACAAUCAACAAGUAUUUGCUGAUUUCCAUGAGUAUCAGAAGCUCAGAGAUGGCAAGUCAUCUUCAUUGCUAGGUGUUUCCACUGGCAAUGGAUUUAAAGGCAGUGGCAACAAAAUGCUGAACAAUGGUUGUAACAGCAACAAUAGUAGUGAAGUUGGCAGUCAUCUUAUAAUGACUGAUUCAAACAAUAGUCAUAAAUUCCAUAAGAAUAGACAUAGUGCAUCUCCAAAGCAGAAUUACAAAAAGAUUUUAAGCAGAGACAAAAUGAAAGAAUCUGACUCCGGCCUUCUGGGAUUCUGCCUCCAUGACUUGGAGCUGAACAAAGCAACAGCUUGGUCCAACUUCCGACUGAAUUUGGAGGCCAUUUGGACAGGGCUUCCAUGA